AUGUGCUUCGAUGUGCGAGGACGGCAGUCCACCCAAGCGAAGCUGUGGUCUUCGCCGGACGCGUUCGGGCCGCGGGCUUUCUUUCGCGCCUCGACCAAUCCGGCGGCGCUGCUCAUCGACAAUAUCCACCUGUCCGACGAGGGCGUCUACCGGUGCCGGGUGGACUUCAAGAACUCGCCGACGAGGAACAGCAAGGUCAACUUCACCAUCAUCGUACCACCUACAAAAAUCUUCAUCUACGAUGACCACCGGAUAGAAAAAUCGAAUUUAGUAGGACCCUACAACGAAGGAAGUGACGUGAAUCUCAUUUGUGAAGUAAGAGGAGGGCUGCAUGGUGAUCAAAAUAGUAGCCCGGGUCCAGUAGAUACUACCUACUCCGAAAACAUGAGGUUUAUAUCCACCAUACUUGGCGACACUUUCGAAUCUUCCAUAUCUUCCUGCAGGACCCUGUAG